UUGUUAGUAGGGCAGCAUGUAACCCAGUGACUAGCAGCCCUACAGCCUGCUGGGAUAGAGUUUCUUCCUGUCUGUAACAGAUCCCUCUGAUCUGACCAACAACAGACUGGAUCUCAGCUCUUAAUAACGGCAGCCACUCCACCGGCUCUCACAACCAGCUGUUCCACUUCACUUCACAGCGUUUUGAUGUUAUGACCAACGGACCGACCGACUGAAAGAACAACUCCGGACUGGCUGGGAUGAUCAGACCCUCGGUUAUGCCUGUGAGGUGUUCCCAUGCUCUCUCUGUUUCCUGUAAGACAGGAAGCGCCGAAACGAGAUGAGACGAGAGGACACCCUACCGGCGCCGCCACUUCCUCUCUCCUGUAGCUGCGUGAAGAGAUGAACGUCAAGACAUGGAGGUGGAUUUAAAAAAAAAAAAUUGUUGUUAUUGUUGUGGUUGUUUAUCUAAAAACCCCCGGCGCGUUUCAGCGAGGCAACCCCUGACAGACCUGCACGCCAUGCCGUCGCCGUGGAAACGUUUGACCUUUUCCUUGGCGACGCUACUCUGCGUGCUCUCCGCUACUCUGCUGCUGGCGGCGCUGGCGACGGAGCGUUGGGUCAGCGGGAGGAUCCUUUGCGGUACCGGAGCAGAGCUGGUCAGCGCCAACUGUUCUGAACUGGACAAGUUCACGGGAUAUAUUUACUACGGGUUGUUCCAGGGUCAGAAGACCAGGAGGUGUGGACUGGGAAACCGCAGCGCCAAGAUAUACAUCUUCCCUACUCUGGUACAGACCCUGAACACAGGUCUUCAUGUGAUGGUGAUUAUCUUCCUGUUGGUGGCCGUGGGGUUCGCUCUGCUCAGCCUCUCCUUCUCUAUCUACAACGCUCGCAAGGUUCCCUAUCAGAGCAUUAAAGGCCCCGCUGGACUCUACAUCUGGAACACCAUAGCAGGAGUGUUUGGGUCGUUAGCUGUCCUGUGUUUCUUAGCUGCCGUCCGACAUCACCGGUUAACGGAACGAGUCUCUAACUACCAGGAGUCUCUUUUCCAUUUCUCCGUUCUGGAUGAGCGACUUGAUUGGUCCUUCUGGCUGGGCGUGGCCAGCGUCGCUACGCACGGUGUGGUGUGUGUCGUCGUGGCGAUGAGCCGGAUCAAACUGCCCAAACCACAGAGCAAGAAACAGUCUGAACAGCCAACCGUCACCGCUGAAGUCCUCAUGUACUGACACACACACACACACACACACACACACACACACACACACACACACACACACACACACAGACACA